GCUGAGUGAGCCAUCUUACCAGCCCUGCACUAGAACUCUAGCAGGGUUAUCCAAGUGUGUUUAACAAUGACUCUUUAAUUGUUGCUUCAGCAUUCAAUCAUGCUGAUGCUGCACAUACCUAAUAAAGUAGUGUUCUAUAUCUGUGAAGAUAAGUUGUGACCAGAAACUGUUGAGAUGUAGGGUUUGCUUUAAAAGGUUUAGUACAUUGUGAUGGCAGGCAGGCAGACACGUGUUCUUUGAAGACCACACCUACUUAGAGCUGCUUCCCUCCCUAAGCAUUCAAAUAAGAGUCCAUAGGGACCAUUCCUACUUAAGCUACCACACUAUGGAGUGGGGAGUGGUUUGCAUGUACUAGAUAGAGUGAAUGCACUAUUAGCUGGAGAACAAUUAUCCUCAGUUCUGUCACCUACAAGUUUAUGUGUUGCUUGUAAAGAGCUUCCCAGGGGUUAUGUGCAAGGCUGUAGUUUGUUUUUACCCUAUGCGCAAAACAGCAAUAGGACGGUUGAGAAAUACUAUUUUUAGCUGUCAAUGUGGUCUCACCCGUGUGUUCUGUGUUCUCUGGUCGGUACUAUGCCAUGUGUACACCUGUGAGUGAAGACUCAUUCUUGGACAUUGGGUACUAGACACAUGCUGUUAUUCUAAAAACCAGGGGAAAGUGUACUGGGUGUGUAAUUGCGGGAUGUGCUAAGUAUGCAAUUCCCUCUGCUCAGUCCUCAGAAAGGCCUCCCCUCCUUUAAAAUGAACUGUUGACAACCCAAGUUGGUUGUUAGUAGGAUACCUAAGGAGUGAGGAGUCUUACAGGCUCCAGAAUCACGUGAUGAGAACAAACUGGCACAACUCUGGAAGCAAAGGUGAGAAACUAGCGGCUCACACCUGAACUGUGUGCCUGCGCCUGUGCCGUGUGCAUCGUGUGCUGCUUGUCCCUGCGCCUGCGCUAUCACAGCACUGCGCAUGCGCCUAGCCUCCCGCCUGUUAAGUGGUGCGGCCGGAGGCCUUCAGCUUCGGAGUGCUCGAAGCCUCGCGCGCAGAACCUUGGGUAUCAGAAAGGCCAGAGAAAUGCUGAGACAGGAGGCGGCUUCGCUCUCGAGUUCCCCACGCUGGACGCCGUCGCGGGCGGAGGACCUGUGCGGGAGGACCCUGGCCUCCGCGUCCAGGCCGAGCACGGAAGGCGCCGUGGCCGACAGGAGUGGCAGCAGCAGCACGGCGUCCGUGCCAGGUUCAUCAUCUGGAAACAAAAGAUCUUAUGCUACACACAGAGUUGCAUCCAGUUUUCCUGUUGGUACAAGCUCAUCUUCUGCACGAGAUACCACUUACCCACAUACAUUUAGAACUCCGUUAUCUGCUGGAAAUCCCCAGAGAUCAGGGCAUAAGAGUUGGACACCACAAGUAGGAUAUUCAGCCACAUCCUCUGCGGUCUCUGCACAUGCCCCAUCAGUCAUUGUGGCAGUGGUGGAAGGAAGAGGGCUGGCCAGAGGCGAGAUAGGAAUGGCAAGCAUCGAUUUAAAAAGCCCUCAGAUUAUGUUGUCACAGUUUGCAGACAACACAACAUAUGCAAAGGUGAUCACUAAACUCCAAGUUUUAUCACCUUUGGAAAUAAUAAUGUCAAAUACUGCUUGUGUUGUGGGAAAUUCAACCAAGUUGUUUACUCUGAUCACAGAAAAUUUUAAGAACGUUAGUUUCACUACAGUCCAAAGGAAAUACUUCAAUGAAACAAAGGGCUUAGAGUACAUUGAGCAGUUGUGCAUUGCUGAGUUCAGCUCUGUUCUAAUGGAGGUGCAGUCCAGUGAGCAGACAGCCAUGAUAGACCCAUCAUCGGCCCAGAACCUGGAGUUGUUAAUUAAUAACCAGGACUCCAGGAGUAAUCACACUCUCUUCGGUGUUCUAAAUUACACCAAGACUGCGGGAGGGAGCCGAAGGCUGCGCUCCAACAUCCUGGAACCUCUGGUUGAUGUAGAGACAAUCAGCAUGAGGCUGGACAGUGUCCAGGAACUGCUUCAAGAUGAGGAGCUCUUCUUUGGACUCCAGUCAGUCAUAUCAAAAUUCCUGGAUACGGACCAGCUGCUUUCUGUUUUAGUUCAAAUCCCAAAGCAAGACACGGUUAAUGCAGCUGAAUCAAAGAUAACAAACUUGAUCUACCUGAAGCAUACACUGGAACUCGUGGAUCCUUUAAAGGUCACCUUAAAGAACUGUAGCACGCCCUUACUAAGAGCUUACUAUGGCUCCUUGGAAGACCAUAGGUUUGAACUAAUACUUGAGAAGAUUAAAACAGUGAUAAAUGAUGAUGCAAGGUACAUGAAGGGCUGCCUGAACAUGCGGACUCAGAAGUGCUAUGCAGUGCGUUCCAACAUCAGUGAGUUCCUGGACAUAGCCAGGAGAACGUACACAGAGAUAGUGGAUGACAUAGCAGGAAUGAUAGCCCAGCUCGCAGAGAAGUACAGCCUUCCCCUACGGACCAGCUUCAGCUCGGCACGGGGCUUCUUCAUCCAGAUGAGCACUGACUGUAUCGCCCUCUCCAGUGACCAGCUUCCUCCAGAGUUCAUUAAGAUCUCUAAAGUGAAAAACUCAUAUAACUUUACAUCAGCAGAUUUAAUUAAAAUGAAUGAAAGAUGCCAAGAGUCUUUGCGAGAAAUCUAUCACAUGACCUACAUGAUCGUGUGCAAGCUGCUCAGUGAGAUCUAUGAGCACAUCCACUGCUUGUACAAGCUCUCUGAUGCGGUGUCAAUGCUGGACAUGCUGCAGUCCUUUGCCCACGCCUGUACUCUGUCUGACUACGUUCGCCCAGAGUUUACUGACACUUUAGCAAUCAAACAAGGGUGGCAUCCCAUUCUUGAAAGAAUAUCUGCGGAGAAACCGGUUGCGAACGAUACAUACAUUACAGAAGGCAGGAAUGUUCUCAUCAUUACCGGACCAAAUAUGAGUGGGAAGUCCACAUACUUAAAGCAGAUUGCCCUCUGUCAGAUCAUGGCCCAGAUUGGCUCCUAUGUCCCAGCAGAAUAUGCCUCCUUUAGGAUUGCUGCGCAAAUCUUUACGAGAAUCAGUACUGAUGAUGAUAUUGAAACAAACUCUUCAACGUUUAUGAAAGAAAUGAAAGAGAUAGCAUAUAUUCUUCAUAAUGCUAAUGACAAGUCACUCAUAUUAAUUGAUGAGCUUGGCAGAGGCACUAAUACAGAAGAAGGGAUUGGAAUUUCUUAUGCGGUCUGUGAACAUCUGCUGAGCAUAAAGGCAUUUACACUCUUCACUACCCAUUUCCUGGAACUAUGCCAUAUAGAUGCCCUGUAUCUUAAUGUGGAAAACAUGCAUUUUGAAGUUCAGCAUGUGAAGAAUACAUCAAGAAAUAAAGAUGCAAUUUUGUAUACUUACAAACUUUCCAGGGGACUUACAGAAGAAAAAAACUAUGGAUUAAAAGCUGCAGAGGCCUCCUCACUUCCGCCAUCGAUUGUCUUGGAUGCCAGAGAGAUCACAACACAAAUCACAAGGCAAAUUUUGCAAAAUCGAAGGAGUUCCCCUGAGAUGGAUAGGCAGAGAGCUGUGUACCAUCUUGCCACAAGGCUUGUCCAGGCCGCUCGAAACUCUCAGUUGGAGCCAGACCGGUUACGGAUGUAUCUGAGUAAUCUCAAGAAGAAGUAUGAAGGGGACUUUGUCAGGGCUGGGGACCUUCCAGAGAAGACUGAGGAGUAAGCAGUUCACAGGUUACACAGGGUUGCAUCAUACUUGCUCACUUUUAAUUGAAAAUUAUAGUAACCUCAGAAUGUUCACCUACUAUGAACUCUAGAUGGAAAAUAUUCACUAGGACAGCUUCAAAAGGGACAAAUUUUAAAGAAAGUUUUUGUUAGAAAAAUCAUACAAUAGUUUUCAUUUGUGAAGUCAGAUUAAGUUUAUCGUUCACUAUUAAGUAUAUGUUUAGAAUGUUUUGUUUUUUUAAAACUUUUAUUGCAUUAUAAUGAGAAAAGUUACAUGAUUUCAAUUUAUCUGAAU